ACCUGCGCGCUCGCGAUUAAAAGCCAAGUCACCAUAACAACCGCCCGACCAAUAGAAGAGCGGGGGUCUGUUUACACGGGGGCGUCGCGUUGCUGGGUGACCGGACAGACGUCCAGCAGGUAUUAAACCGGCCCCGAGCUCCUGCUGCCCCGGAGACCGUGAACCGAGACGCGCCGAGACACCACCUCCGGAGUUAUUCCGCCUUAAUCGGAGAAAGUUUUUUUCUGUGUGUUAUUGGAUGUUAUUUCCCCGUCACUCAAGCCUCCUCGCAGUAAAGACAGACACCAGUUACGAGCUGUUGUAAACCUGACCUGUGAAGCUUCUGGAAACUUCUAUGAACUCUAUAAAGAAAGCAAACGUUCUGUCUCCUCAGGAUUUGUCUGGGACAGGACCAUGCUGUCUGUGAGUUACACGGACCCCUGGCCGGAGGGCUCGGUGGGGCUGGAGGAGGAGGUGGUCACGGCUGCCGCUCAGGCCGAGCAGCUGGACCGGAGCUCAGUCGAGUGCAGCAGAAGCAGCUGCAGCUCUGACACUUUAGACGACAGCCUCACCAGCCUCCAGUGGCUGCAGGAGUUCUCCAUUCUCAACGCCAGCGCCUCCCAAUCCAGCCAUCCCCACAGCCACUUCUUCGGGAGCCAAGCAGGCUCGGAUGCGCCCUCGUCUCCUUUAGCAGGAGAUCCGGCGUCUAUCGGUAUGCCGCUGACCCCUGGCAAACCCACAGCGGCGUCUUUCUACAGGACGCCUUGCUUGUCGGCUCUUCCUAGCCUGGUUGCUCACGGACACUGUCCGGAUGAAGUCGAUUAUAAGACCAACCCUCAUAUCAAGCCACCGUAUUCAUAUGCAACUCUCAUCUGCAUGGCCAUGCAGGCCAGUAAGAAAACCAAAAUCACUCUCUCAUGCAUCUAUAAAUGGAUCACAGACAACUUCUGCUACUUCCGCCACGCAGACCCCACAUGGCAGAAUUCCAUCCGCCACAACCUGUCGCUGAACAAAUGCUUUAUAAAAGUCCCGAGACAAAAGGAUGAACCAGGCAAAGGUGGGUUCUGGAAGAUCGACCCCCAGUACGCAGAACGCCUCCUCAGCGGUGCCUACAAGAAGCGCAGGAUGCCCCCAGUGCAGAUCAACCCAGCUCUUCAGAAACACCUCAGGAUGAGCUCUCACGCUGGACAAGCUGCAGCCACUGCAGGGAUGGCCAGAAACCUCUGUGUGAGUCCCGAGUCCCAGCAGCUUCUGAAAGAGUUUGAGGAAGUCACGGGAGCCGAUCAGAACUGGGACCCUCGUUUGGCUGAAGCCACCAUGUUGAAUUGUUGGGUCUCAGGGAAGGGGAGCAAGAGGAAACAGCCGUACACACACAGGACUGGUGGGAGCAAAGCUCCACGAUGUUCAAGCUCCCCACUGCUGGCCAUGGAUGACCAGGAGGACUUAAGCUCCCUCAAGGGCAACUUUGACUGGGAUGCCCUGCUAGACUCGGCCUUGAAUGGAGAGUUAAGCUUGAACGAAGGAGGUCCAUUGAGCUCUAUACCACAAGACGAGGACUUGAUGGUUAGAGGCACCCAUAUCAGCCCCCUCGAACCUCCUGGAGGUGUCAUUGAGAGCCAUGUGUUGAUGGAAACCCAGAGGAGCAGCGAAGCAGACUUUAAUGAGGAAACCUUCCUGGCCACUGCAUUCCUCCAGAGUCCCUGGUCGGAAGUGGAAGAGGGCAACCGUACCGACUUCCUCUGUAGCUCAACGGUCAGCAUCGAUCAACUCUUUGACCUGGGAGACUCUCUCGAAGGAGACUUAAGCAGUAAGAUCGAGUCUCUCCUUUGAAGAUUCAGGCCUCUGGACACAAACAAGUCUAGGAACAAAGAGGGUUUGGACCAUUUACCCCCAAAGAUUUCAUGCUGGAUUCCAUGAAGCCCACAUGAAGAUGUAUUUUUAAGAGUGUAUCUAUUUCUAAUACUGAUUUUUAUGAUUAUGUUUUUGUAUUUGACAUGUUAUCUACCUGCAUUAAAGCUAAUCUAAUCAAGUUCCUUAGCGAGUCCUUAAAAUCAUCUAUCAAAUGCGUGGAACUUGGGAUUCGGAGACUGAACAUGUACGGAUGGCACUGGAAGUAGAAAAAACUGAGAUGCAAGCUUGUUGUUUACAAUUCAAAAUCACAUACCAGGAAAUGUAAGUGAACGAGAAUAAUUUAAGAAAUGAACAGUUCAAACACCUUGUGGAUGAAGUCAAACGUGUUAUACAAAUUGUAUCAUAUUCAACCAAAUUCUGGAAGCAGAAAUUUGAAACAAACUGUGCAAGUGAAAUUGUACAUCAUGCUGCCUUUCUUGUAACGGCAAAACUAUGUGCUUUCAGUGAACACUCUUAAAAAUAAAGGUUCUUUAUUAGAAUUAGAAUAGAAGAACCUUUAAUGUCCACAGAAUCUUUCCAUGGUACAAAAUGUUGAUUUAAAUAUUCCUUACACUAAGAAAUAGUGGUUUGUUUUAAGAACUGUUCACUGAAAUGUCUUUGGGGAACCAAAAGUGGUUCUUCUGGCUUUGCAAAAGGUCCCUUUUGGAACCUUUAUUUUUAAGAGUGUGUUGAAUGCUGCUUAUUGCAGUUGAUCUCAUGAAGUCCCCAGGGCUACACAUUUUGGAUGUCCCACCUGAUUUAUAACAUCAGCUAAUUGGUGGAGGCUCUAAGACCUGAUCUGGAUGUGCCAGAUAAAGAUACGUCCAUAAUGUGCUGUUCCUUGGCUCCCCAAGACCAGGACUUUUGGAUGAAUUGCUGAAACUGAAUUGCUUAGGUUUUUAGCGCCGAGUGGCUGAUAUGAUGAAAAUUGUGUAUUUUGAUAGUGUAACUGCACUAAUUGAAUGGAUUGUUUUUUUAGGGUUCCUGCCCAUGUUGGAUUAUUUGGUAGGUAAAAGUGCCAAACUUUCUGUCUUGCAGCUGGAUUCUAGCACUGAUAGAUUUCUACAUGCACAUCUAACCACUUUCAUUCACAUAUUGUGUUAUGAGUGUUAUGCUGACGUCAUACAAAUGAUAUUUCACAUCAAGACUACUUGCAUCCUCUUAAUUUAGAUUGUUAGUACUAAGAAAAGUUAAACAGAAUGAGUUAAUGGCUUAGGAAGACAUGUCAUUAAAAUAAAUAAUAAUAGUGCUUUAUCCAGAAUGGACAACCAUAAUUUGAGCUCAAAAAAGGACCCUAAUCAGUAAAAUGUAUCUUGUAUCAUUCAAUUGGGUUUAGAAAUAUCUAACCUUUGCAUGUGCUUAGCAAAAUAAAUGGCAAAACAGAAAUAUUUUUAUGUCAGAAAACAUAUACGUCUCCCUAGCCCCUUUCACACUGCACGUC